CCAAGUGUUAGACCUACUGAAGUUUGACAAGCUGAUUGAGAACAACAUGGACUUCACACGUUUGCUGUGUGCAAUUGUUUUGCUUUUCUUUCAACCCUACCUAUGUGCCAGAGCAGAAAAUGAUAAAAAUAUAAGUAAACCAAAACUGAAAAGUUUGGAUCUUCUCUUAGACCCAACUAUAAAUAUGGACUCUUCUACUGUUAGACCAACACAUUUCAGUUGCGUUACGGGAAGUAACUCUGAUGUUCAACAAUGGACUGCUGAAAUAAGUGGAAACAAAAUUGUCUUAUGUGGCGUCAAAAGAGAUUCGGGAGAACCGAUUGUCAUACUGAGGCGUGUUAAAGGAGGUGUGAAUUUUUCAAGGGGCUGGGUGGAUUAUAAAAUUGGCUUUGGAUCAUUUGAUGGCGAUUUUUGGAUUGGAAAUGACUGGAUUUCUUACCUUACACACAACGGCUACAGUGAACUAAGGUGUAACUUAAAAUAUAAAGGAAUAUCCCUCUACAAGGUGUACCGUGAUUUCAAAGUGGGCAACGAAGCAGAUUUGUAUAGGCUUUAUUUUAACAACAAGACUGACAACCCACUGGACCUGUUCACUUACAACAAUGGCAUGCCCUUUUCCACAUUUGAUAGAGACCAUGAUAGAACAGAAAAUAACUGUGCUGCAAGUUGUGCAGGUGGCUGGUGGUAUAAAGCUUGCAGUUAUGUCAAACUCACUGGGGAUUGGACAAAGCUUAAUGAUUGUAAUGGGAUGCAAUGGACCUCUACAGAAACUAAUAUUGUUGAUCUGGAAUACGCAGAGAUGCAACUACAUCUAGUAAAUCUAAAGUAAAAUAAAAACUGGUCUUCUUUAUCUCAAGGUAGACAUAGGAUUGGUGUUUAAAUGCUUAAUGCCAUUCCUUGAAUAAGUUUUAAAAAUAUAAAACAAUAGAAAAUUAGCUCUUUAGCAGCAAAUCAAUUUAACCAAAGUAGAGUUAUAUUUUAAUCAUUUGUUUACCAAGAAUUUAAUUUAAAAAUAUUUUAGAUUAUAUUUCGUAUGUAUUUUUUAAUUUAAAGUAUGUAUAUAUUUUUUUUAAUUUAGAAAAAUAGUUUACUGACGCUGAUUUUGAAGUACAUCUUUGCAUUUAAAAAAAUUGGCUUACCAUGCCAUUGUUGUGAAAUAUAAACAAAAAGAACCAAAAAUAUUUUUAUUUCAAAACUUUGGCAAACCGUAACAUAAUCUCAAAUAUUUACAGCGCUAUUAAACAACCGUUUCUCUUUGGUUAACGUUUUCUCAUAUCUAGUUUUUACACACACAAUGAUAUGUCCACUUUUUACAUUACAGGCCCUUUUAUAUUUAAAUUUUAAAUAACAGAUUUCUUCUCAUUCUCUUUCCUAGUAUUUUAUAGCUGUCUAUAAGCCAUUUAGAAUAGUAUGUUGUUCUAAUUUUUUGAACCUCUCUUCCAAAGACUGUAUAUAUAUCGAAGAUAGUGUAGUAGAAUUCUACUUUGAAAUUCUGUUCAGAAUCUUGUGGUGUCAACAGUUAAUUUAGUUUGAAAAUCUAUAUCUCUCCCUGUCUAACGAGAUUUCUAUUUCCAAAGCAAGAGAAAACGAGAAUCGCAAUCCCUAUUAAAAAUCAAAAUUGCACCUAUCUUUGGACGCCGAGUCAUGCGCUGGAGCGAUCAGUAAAUUAAAAUUAGAUAGCCAUCAUAAACGUUCGAAAUUAAAGGAUUUAUGUUAAAAACAAUACUAUCUCAUUAUAUUACCAGAGACUUAGCUUUGUGAGGGCGUGUGGGGCGG